GGGUCCGUGAAGGCAGCACUCGUGUUGUCAGUGGGGGAAACUCGCAGCUGUCACGUUUCGUGGGCGCCUUUUAAACUACACGUACUCUUAAUUUGUAAGAGCAUGGCGCGUGGACACCAGAAGAUUCAGUCACAGCAGAAAAAUGCCAAGAAGCAGGCGGAGAUGAAGAAGGCCAAAGGUCAUGACCAGAAGAUGGCAGCCAAGGCAGCGCUAGUUUUCACCUGCGCUGUGUGCAAGUCCCAGAUGCCAGACCCAAAAACGUUCAAGCAGCACUUCGAGAGCAAGCAUCCCAAAUCCCCGUUGCCCCCUGAGUUGGAAGGAGUGGAGGCGUAAGCGGCCACCGGAGAUGCCAGCCUCCUGGAGGCCCUGAACCAGCUCUGCGCUCGACAGCAAUGGAUGAUUUAACGCAACUGACGCCAGUUGCAAAGGUUGCCUUUGAUGCCAUCGUACUUGUGGUGCUUAUGUUUAAAUACACGCAGGGCUUGAUCCGAAUGCUGUUGUGACGUCAGGGCCACCGUAGAUCUGUACAAUAAUGAACACGAACCCACGGCCUUGAGGCAUUGUUCAGAUAUCAGAGAUAAUUCUUACCGCUGGCUCCUGUAUCCCACCCUCUCAUGCAAACGUACCUUUAUCGUCGCCACAUCACAUGACAGAAACACAGAAUCAGCAGAUGACCUAUGCAGCAGUUAUGGUGGUGACAAAAGUGACCUCAUUUGUUGUAAUUGUGCUUUGUGUAUUGCAUCAAAAGGAGGCUGUUUAUUACUGUUGUGCCCACUAAUUCCUCCACAGAGGUGUCUUCCCUUGUGUACUGCAGUCUUUCAUCUAGCAAAUCCUAAUCUGAUGCUAGGUCAUGAAAAUGUGAAAUUUAGUGAGCCGUUUCCGAGCUGCUACACAAAUUGAUAGUUUAUAAAGUUCGACGGGAGCUUGCCAGCAAUGUUUAUUUGCUUGGAACACGAAUGUAUGCUCCAAUGGUGUAUUAUACAAUUAAAUUCUAAUUUCUGGUA